GACGUGCACAUCGCGUCACUGGCCUUCAUCGUCACGGGCCUGCUGUACCGGUUCGCGCACGAGCAGCUCGAGGCGCGCCUGCCCAAGUGGACGCAUUUCCCGCAGACGCUGCGCGACCGCAUGGCCGUCGAGAUGGCCUGCAUCCCCGUGCGGUUAGGGCUGAUCGUCUUCACCCUGCCCUCAGUGCUGGCCGCCUUCUCGCCCGCCGCCGCCAACUGGUCGGCUGCCGACACGAGGAAUGCGUUGGUUGCGUGCGCCCUCAUGACGGGCGCGUACCUGUUUGACCUGAUCAUCUACCGCGAAGACAUGCUCAGCGUGCUGCACCACAUGAUGGGGCCGGCGCUGCUGGUGUGGACGCGCACGUGCUUCAGCAGCUUCACGGCGGCGGACGCGCUAGUCUCGCGCAGCCUGAUGAUGUUCGUCUUCUUCGGGGCGGCCACGGGCGGCAUCGCCGCCACGUCGGGCGUGUUCCUGCUGCGCGUCGGCAAGAAGUACCUGGCGCGGCGGCGCCUGUACGGCUGCUUCGCGCUGUGCGUAGCGUGUCUGACCGUCACCACGGUGCUGAGCUGCUACGUCAACGUGCUGUACUUCCUGCACACGUGGGACGAGGCGUUUGCGUAUUUCGGCUGGUUCGCCCCGCUGCCUGUCCUGUGGGAGUCGUUCGAGUGCUACCUGCAGUGGCGCUGGCUGCUGCGCUUCUACGAGCUCGAG